AUGGACUUUCUUAAGCUCACAAAGGUUCGCCAUCAUAUUACUUCAGGACAAACUGUCCAAAAUGUUCAACUUGAAAAAUCGCAGGAAGUUAUUGAGGGUACGCUACACUUAACAACACACCAAAUGAUUUUUAAAUAUUCUAAUGAAAAAGAAGAGUUAUGGAUUUCAUAUCCAAUUAUUCAUACCGUUGAACGUCGUCCGCCAACUUCAGAGCCAAAACUCUGGCCUUUGCUCAUCAAAUGUCGUAACUUUAUUUUUGUUACGUUAUCGGUACCAGUGGAACGCGAAGCGAUCGAUGUAUUUGAUACAAUACAAAAAUUAACCUGUAUCAGUUCUAUUAGUCAGGUUUAUGCAUUUUAUUAUACACCCGAGAAAGAAUUCAAAUGUCAAGACGGAUGGAACGUCUACGAUCCACUAAAAGAAUUUGACCGGAUGGGUGUCUGUACCAUAACGGAAUCGUGGAGAUUUUCGCACGUGAAUCGAAGCUAUAACUUCUGUCCUACUUAUCCAUUUAUUUUGGUCGUUCCCCACAAAAUUAGCGAUAGCCAUUUGCAAUAUGCAGCUAAAUUCAGAAGUAAAUCUCGCAUACCAACUUUAAGUUAUUUGCACCGCAACAAGGCCUCAAUAACACGGUCCAGUCAACCAAUGGUUGGAAUUCAGCAAAAGCGUUCAAUACAAGAUGAAAAACUUAUUCAGUUGAUUUUUGAAUCACAUCUGAAUAUUUCACCUAAUGGACGGCCUGUGUACGGAUCGACAGCCCAUAAUUUGAUCAUUGAUGCACGACCAACAGCGAACGCAAUGGCUAAUACAGCAAUGGGACUUGGAUCAGAAAAUACAGAAUAUUAUAAAAAUUGCGAAAAAAGAUUCAUGGGUAUUGAUAAUAUCCAUGUAAUGAGGGAAAGUUUGGCGAAAAUAGUAGAGGUGUUACAGGCAGCAGAUUCACAAGGACUACAUAUAAAGAAAUAUCAAUUAGAUAAGUCUAAUUGGCUUAAACAUAUAAGUGUAUUGCUGAAUUCAGCAUUUGUGAUUAUUGAAAAUGUAAAUGUCAAGGCUUCACACGUACUUGUGCAUUGUUCAGAUGGAUGGGACCGUACAGCACAAUUAACCUCGAUUUCAGAAUUAUGCUUGGACCCGUAUUAUCGUACUUUUCAUGGAUUUCAAGUAUUAAUUGAAAAAGAGUGGGUGUCAUUUGGGCACAAAUUCAGUGACCGAUCCGGACAUCUAUCGAAUGAACGGUAUUUCAUUAAUGCAUCAAAUACGAAUGCUGCAGGAUCAGCAUUUAGUUCAGUACAAAGCAAAUUUAAACAGUCACACGUUCGUGAAACAUCUCCGGUAUUUCAUCAAUUUCUGGAUUGCGUUUAUCAAUUAUUUCAACAAAAUACGACACGGUUUGAAUUUAAUGAAAGAUUUUUGGUAGAUUUACAUUAUCACAGUUAUUCGUGUCAAUUUGGUACAUUUUUAUUUAAUAGUGAAAAAGAAAGGCAUGUAUACAAUGUAAAUAAAAAAACACAUAGUGUAUGGGAUUAUUUUAAUAGUAACAAAGGAGCAUUUUUAAAUCCGUUAUAUUGUGGGGAAAAGGAAGAUCGAGAUCCAAGAGACAUGGGAGUGUUAUAUCCUGACGCGAAAAAUGUUAAAUAUUGGGCAGGGUUAUUUAGAAAGAAAGAUGAAGAAUUAAAUGGGAAUGGAGAUGAAGGGAGUGAUGAAAAAUCAGAAGAAGGAAUUGGAGCGAGAAAGUGGAGAUCAGAUAGUCCAACAGGAUCAUUGAACGUUAUGACGGAUCCACUUGGAGCUAUAGGAAUUGGGGAUUUAAAUUCCAAUAAUCUUAUGGAAGAUAUAACAUCGGUUAUAUCAAAUAUUUCUCCAUUUGGAAAAUCCAUGGCUGAUUUUGAUCCAGGAUUGGAUCCAUGGAAGGCGCAUAACGAAACCAAUGGCAUUUAUAAUAGUAAUGAUGGUACUAGGGAUGUAUCACCAUCAGCGAGAGAAAAGGGAUCGAAUGUAUUUGCAAGUUUAACAGCAGCAGCAUAUUCUAAUGUAGUCGCAAUUGCAAAAGAAUUAGAAGAAAGUAAAUAUAAUAGCGCACCUAGGGAAAUGAUGUCAUUUGAAACAAAAAAUACUAAAAUAAUUGAAGAUAAUAAUUUUAUUACAACUUCAAUUAAUUCUAACGGAAGGCAAUUCCCAUCAUUAUUUUUAUCAAGAGGGGAAAGCAAUCGUAAUUCUUUACCUUCUCUGGGCAUAAGAACAACACCACCUUCAUCACCAUAUUUACGUACAAUUUCAGGAACUAGUACUCCAACUUAUGAGAAACAAAUAUUAAGUCCAAUUACCCCACCAUCCAAUAAUAAUUGUAAUAGUAAUUUAUCAUCACCAAAAAUAAGAUCGAGCAAUUCUGAUUUAGAAAAAUCACUAAUGAUAGCAACCAAUACGAGCAUAAAUUCAAGCGGAUUAGGUUUAGGUUUAAAUUUUGGUUUAGGAUUUGGAAGUAAUACAAAUUCAAAACCCAAUUCACCAUUGCACACACCUCCAGUACCAAGCUCUCCUUCUAUUUCAAACUCGCAAGAUAAAAUGAAAGAAUUACCACAUCCAUUAUAUAAUGAUCUCUUUUAA